AUGACUCAAAAAGCGAUGACAUCAAUGGCAACAGCUCAGAAAGCGAUGAUGGUUGAUCAAACAGUUUGUGAUUUGACCAAAUUAAUUAAAAUUGGUCAAAAUAACUCUAUAAAACUUAAAUCGGUGGUGCAAAGUCAAGAAAGACUAGAAGUUAUGUUGAUUGAACAAAAUGGUUAUAUUGCAACAAUAAUGUCAAAGUUGGAAAAACUAGAUAUUCUAAAUAUAAUAUCAACUGAAGUCAAAGUGAAAGGCGGAAAAGGCAAAAGAAAAAAUAAAGAAGAAUUUUAUCAAAGUGGAAAAUUAUGUUCAGCGCUUCUUCAUGCAAAUCACGUAAAGAAAGGUUAUUACAUAAGAAGAUUAAAGAAGAGUCUAUAG